AUGCCAAAAUACUAUUGUGAAUAUUGCGACAUUUUCUUGACUCACGACAGCUCAUCUGUCAGAAAAGCACAUAAUGCAGGAAAAAACCACAUUUUAAACGUUAGAAACUAUUAUGCUGAGAUCAGUCAGGAUAAAGCACAGGCUAUUAUUGAUGAGAUCACUAGAGCUUAUGAAAACGCAUCAGCAGGUAGAUAA